AUGUCAAGAUGGAAGGUGAAGUACUCCCCGAGUGAUAGGAUAACCAGAGAGAUAACGUGGCUGACGGACAACCAGUUGGGUCAUAUCGUGAGAAUUAUUGGAAAGAUGGAAAGGGUGUUCUUCUUUGUUCGAAGUAAAAUAUGUAAAGACGAUAAUAUUUAUGUAAAAGGACGAUGCAUUCAUGGGUUAUUCUUUGCAAAUGAUCUGAGGACUUUGCGAAAUCAUAAAGUAAAAAAUGUACCAAUAAAGAAGGAUGAUGUUAAAACAGAUUUUCAGUCUAAGUGGCAUAAGAAAGGAGUGCGAUUUGAAAACGUGAAGAUCUAUCUUUUUGAAAGAACGCAGGGAUUUGAUGUUAUCCCAUCGUCUGGUGGCAUUGCACUUGGAAUGCAUAUGAAACAUUUUGAUAUAAAUGAAGUUGCACUCUGUAGUAAAGUGACUGAUGAUGGCAUAACUAAGUUGCAAAACGACAAAUUGUCUGCAAAGGGUUUGGUUAAGCAAGUGUGCACAGCGUCAACUAGGCGUAAACAAAGGUAUUGUAACGCGUUUGACAAAAACUCUGCAGUGACAAAACGACGGAGAAGUGUUGAACGGGGAGAUGAAAUUUUGUCAAAAACAAAAGCCACUACAAAUGUAGAUAGGAGAGAGUCAAGAAUACCUGAAAGAACAUCAACAAGUAUGCCAGAAAUUAUGUUAGGGCAAGUUGACAACGUAAAAGAAAAAAACGAAGAAGAAAAUAUUUGCAUAACGAACAAAUACUUCCGCCCGCUCAAUCGAAGAAUUAGAUUACUCAAAUUAAGGAGGGCAGGUUUUAAAAAAUUUGUGGAUGAUGAAUCAAUCUGUGAUGAUAUACGAAAAAGCCGAAAACACUGCGGUUGUUCAUGUGGUAUUCUACCAUGUUCACCCAAAAAUUGUGAAUGUUCCAGAAAUGGUAUCGAAUGCUUAGUCGAUCGACCAUCAUUCCCGUGUACUUGCGCAACUACAAGUUGCAAUAAUCCCUUUGGCCGCCGCGAAUUUGACGAAGUAUUUGUUCAUGCACAUUUCCGCUCAAUUCUUAUGCGUGCACAAAUAGUUCAGGAUUGA